CGUGCCUUCGCGUCGCGCUUUUUUUGGUGAUUUCAAUUUCGUCACGCGUUCUCACUACCACCUUCAGCUCUAAACCUUUUGUACUCCAACACAACCACAUCACUCGCAAGCAACGAUGCCUCCUCGAAGAUCUGGACGAAAUGCUAAUGCUAAGGUUGCAGAUAUUCCAACAGUUGAAACCGCGGAUGCUGCAAAGAGAAAGCGUGGGAAGAAUAUAAAGACUGAAAGUACGGAAGUUAUCAAUAAGGUCGAGAAGUCGAUACCGAAGAAGGUUGCGGCCAAGCAAACCAAAAGGGAAGAGUAUUCAGGAGACGAAACUGAUAUUUCAUAUGAGGCUCCGUUAGACGUUGUACAGCUAAAAGUCAACGGUCCCACUGACAAAGUAAAAGAAGAGGGUGUUGGUGAAAACGAAGGUACUGCUAUCGAACUUACAACGUUGAAUGGUAUUUCGGCUAGCGGCAAAGACGAAAACGAAGAAGAACCUAUUGUCCUCCCAAACCAAGCCACGGAAGGUAGAGAAGCAAUUGUGUUGAAGGAGGAGGUUGUAGUGGUUACGAAAAAGAAGUCAUCCGUGAAACGCAAACUGAAGGACGAGGACGAAGACGAAGCGGUGGAAGAGCCUACCGCUGGAAAGAAGCUUACGAAGAAGAGGAAAACAAAAGAAGAGAAAGAGGCAGAAAUUAUGCCAUUGGCCCAACGUACAUUGGUUUCGACCUUGAAGCAGGCUAUACAUAUUGGAGCUCAUGUUAGUGGUGCCGGUGGUGAGUGUAGCCGUCUUCCACGGUUCAAGGUUUAGUCUAACACAAUAUUUUAGGUGUACAUAAUUCAAUCAACAACUCAUUACGUAUUGGUGGUAAUGCGUUUGCGCUGUUCCUCAAAUCCCAGAAAAAAUGGGUAAAUCCUCCUCUUGCUCCCGAAGCUCGGGAUCAAUUCAAAGCUUUCUGCAAAGAACAAAAAUAUGAUGCUUCGAAAUACGUUCUUCCACAUUGUUCAUAUCUUGUUAAUCUAGCGCAACCAGACGAGCAGAAAGCCAAGCAAGCAUAUGAUUGUUUCCUGGAUGAUUUAAAACGGUGUGAAGAUUUAGGUAUUAAGCUUUACAACUUUCAUCCUGGAAGUACAGGUGGUCAUCCAAGGCCGGAAGCAAUUGCACGUAUUGCAGCCCAAUUGAACAAAGCCCACAAGGCAACGAAGACGGUAGUCACAUUAUUAGAGAACAUGGCAGGAGCUGGAAAUGUGAUUGGUUCUACAUGGGAGGACCUUCGGGACAUCAUCGCUCUUAUUGAUGAUAAAUCCCGAGUUGGGGUUUGUCUAGAUACUUGUCAUACAUUUGCUGCAGGAUAUGAUUUAAGAUCACCCGAAGCUUUCAAGGAAACUAUGGAUGGAUUUUCCAAAAUCGUUGGAUUACCAUACCUGAAAGCUUUACACCUUAAUGACAGCAAGUCACCGUUGGCAUCAAAUAGGGAUCUACACGCAAACAUCGGUACAGGAUUUCUCGGUCUUCGAGCAUUCCAUAACGUUAUCAAUUUUAAAGCUUUUCAAAACAUGCCUAUGGUUCUGGAAACACCAAUGGAGAAAAAAGGUGCUAAUGGGAAGAAUGUUGAAGAUCCUUCAACAUGGGCAGCCGAAAUCAAGUUAUUAGAGGGGCUACUAGAAAGAGAUCCUGAAAGCAAGGAGUUCAAGGAAGAAGAGCAACGCUUACAGGAUCUAGGAGCAGAUGAACGAAAGAAGUACCAGGAUCAAGUUGAUAAGAAGAAGCAAGAAGUUCUUAAGAAGGGGCAAAAAACUCUCGAUUCUAUGUUCAAAAAGACAGCGGCGAAGAAAGGCAAGAAGGGAAAGAAAGAGAGCGAUGAUGAAGACUCUGAAGGUGGCUGCUCACAUUGAGCGAUUCAUGUCUCGCCAAAAUCCACAUUUGGGUAAUGAGCUGAAAGGGGGCAUUUUGUAUGAUAUUAUAUAUUGAUAUAGAUAGAUACACUACGAGAAUAUUUCUUACAGAUGCGGAGAGAUUUCGGUGAGUUGAUCUCAAUCGUGUGAAACCUGACUACAAUAUCAACUGGUCACUUCCCACACUCCGGCAUAUUUAUCCGCUGAUGUUAUUAAUAAAUUAGAAAUUU